AUGAAGGACCGCUUGAAGCAAGUGAUCCCCUAUAGGAGAGGCCUUCAAGUCAGAGUGGGUGGAGCCGAUCUGACUGCCUGUAAGGACGUGUCACAGUAUUUCUGGUGCAGGGUGAAGACUGACGACGCGUCACAUGAGGGCUGGGAGCUUGCGGAAACGCGAGAUCAAGCCUUGGUGAAAGCGGUGAAGUUCGUCACUGAAGAUGCGACGACUGACGAAGCGAAGGCGAUGAGCAAGGUCCUGAUCUUCGUGAAUGCCCAUGGCGAUCCGGCUGGCAACGUCAAGCGCCUGGUGGAUGUGAUCAACGCCGCCGGCAUCCUCGAAGAAGGGGAGGUCCUGGGCUUCGUUCGAGAGGAUGAUGGAAGGCGAUGGGAAUCUAGCUCCGACACCGCUUUUCGAAACUUCAAGGACUCAAGCUGCCCUCGGCCGCGUGUGUUGAUCAGCACCGAUGUGCUGUCUCGCGGGUUCGACUGCCCAUGCUGCGAAUAUGUUAUCAACUAUGACAUGCCUGAUGGCAAGAAUGCCAUCCUCAACUACAUUCACCGGAUCGGGCGCACGGGCCGAGGAGGCAGGCAGGGCUUCUCCUUGACGCUCAUGGAUGAAACGGAUUUGCGCUAUGCGGAAAAGCUGCACAACAUGCUUCAGAGAAGCGGCUCGGAGGUCCACAUACCAUCUUGGCUCAGACAGGUGGUUUCUGGAGGUGUCGGCAAGUACUGGAGGAUGUGGAAUCAGCAGCUGGAGCAGAGGGGUGUGGGUCAAGCUUCACCGCGCGUGACGCCAUCCCCACCGGCGUCCGUCGUCAAUGCGCCUCGACCGUCUCGCAGCUUCGAUUUUCCAUUGCCGGAUUACCAGUCGGAGGAGCGGAUGAAGUUUCCACCGCUUUGA